GUUCCCUGCUCCAGCCCCACAAAGCCACACCAGAAGCAAGGACCCGGCCGCUCCGGACGGACCAGCCCCCUCCCCGAGACGGACAGGCUGCGAGGGACCGAGCGUGCAGCAGUCGGGAAGGAACUCGGUCCCAUGCCAGCCCAUCGGCUUGGAAAACGGCAGGCGCCCGGCGGAGAGGUUUCAGGUGGCCCAGGGCUCGGGAUUGCGCCAGGCGAGCAGAGACGCCGACGGCGGCGAGAGCAGCUUCAAAGUGAGCGCGCGUUGGAGCCGCGGCGUGUCCAGAGAGCUCAAGUGUAACAGCCAGAACAGCAAAGCAGAGGGUCUGUGCCUCGGUUUCCCCGACCCCCAUGUCAGCAAGUGUCCGGCCAAGCGGCCCCCGGAGGAGGCGGUCAGGAUGCGCGUGAAGCCCCAGGGGCUGGUGGUGUCAUCCAGCACGGUCUGCAGCUCGCCCGACUACCUCCGGGAGCCCAAGUUCUUCGCCAGCGGGCACCCGGCCCGCCCCCUGCUGCCCGACCGGCCCUUUGCCUGCGGUUUCCCUGAGGCCCCCCGUUCUCCCCUGGGCCGCUCCCCGCCGUCCCGCGGGGACCCCGCCGGCUGCCGCCCGCCCCUGCUAGCCAAGGGGGAGGACCCGCCACCCCCGCGGGGGCCGGCCCACCGCACCGCGCCCGGGGCCGGCUGGGACAACGGGCAGGGGCCCCUGCUCCCCGUGGUGCGGCUCAUCGACAUCAUGAAGGACCUGAAUCGCCUGUCAGACGAUCUGCAGCACAGUGGCCUGCGACUGGACUGCGGCGGGCUGAGGGCGGGCCGGCGGCCAGGACCCCCGCCCGGCCCCCCUCCCGGCCCGCCGCCCGGCCCCGGCGAGGAGGGCCGCGACCUCCAAUACAGCUUUUUCUCCUCCCCGAGCCUGGCCAGCAGCAUCCGCAGCCCUAAGGAGCGGGGUGCGCCCGGCAAAGCCGAGCGGCCGGGGACGGCGCCGGAGCGGGGGCCCGGCCCUGGAGCCCCCGCCGGCCUGGCGCAGGAGCCGCCCGGUGACGAGGAUUCUGAGCCCGACGCGGCGGGCUACUCGGAGCUGGUGGACAGCGACAUCCUGAGCGAGCUGGCCUCCCUGGCCUGCCCGGAGCCCCAGCUGCUGUCCCCGGAACCCCGAUCCCCGGAGCCCGAGCUACUCGACCCCCGGGCGCUGGAGGCCCCACCCCGCUUCCUGGACCCCCGGGCGCUGGAGCCGCUGGCCGAGGCGCUGGACCUCCCGGCUCUGCCGCCCCUGGCUGAGGCGCUGGCCCUGCAGGCCCUGAACGCCCAGCUGCCGGACUCCCUGGACUCCCAGCUACUGGACCCCCAGGCGCCCCAGCUGCUGGAGGCCCUGCCCAAGCUGCUGGAGCCCCCGCCUACCUUGGGCGGGGGCGGCGGGGGCUGCCCCCCGGCGGAGCCGGGGCCGGAGGACCCCCGCAAGUACGCGCUGCGCAGAAGCGACAAGCCAAAGAUCCUGUGCCGCCGGCGCAAGGCGGGCCGGGGCCGCAGGGCGGACGCCGGGGCCGAGGGCCGGCUGCCGCCCAUGGCCGCGCCCGCCCCGCCGGCCCCCACCCCGUCCCCGGCCCGGCCGCCCCCGCUCCCUGCCCCCGAGCCCGGCGACGACACCCGGGGGCCGCUGCCGCCCACCCGCAAGGGCAAGUGCCGCGGGGUGCGCAAGAUGGUGGUCAAGAUGGCCAAGAUCCCCGUGUCCCUGGGCCGCCGGAACAAGACCACCUACAAGGUGUCCUCGCUCAGCAGCAGCCUGAGCCUGGAAGGCAAAGAGCCGGGGGCCCGGGCCGCCGCCGAACCCACCCCGCUGCUCAAGAUGAAGAACAACGGGCGCAACGUGGUGGUGGUCUUCCCCCCUGGUGAGAUGCCCAUCAUCCUGAAGCGCAAGCGGGGCCGCCCACCCAAAAACCUGCUGCUGGGCCCGGGCAAGCCCAAGGAGCCGGCCCCACCCGAGGGCAAGAAACGGCGGAGGCGCAAGCAGAAGCUGGCCUCGCCUCAGCCCUCCUACGCGGCCGACGCCAACGACAGCAAGGCCGACUACUCGGACGUACUGGCCAAGCUGGCCUUCCUCAACCGGCAGAGCCAGUGCCCGGGCCGCUGCUCCCCACCCCGCUGCUGGACGCCCAGCGAGCCCGACUCCAUCCACCAGGCGCCCGACACGCAGAGCAUCUCCCACUUCCUGCAGCGUGUGCAGGGCUUCCGACGGCGCGGGGGCAAGGCCGGGGGCUGCGGCGGGCGGGGCGGGGCCCACGCCGCCCGGGCCGCCCGCUGCUCUUUCAGCGACUUCUUCGAGGGCAUUGGCAAGAAGAAGAAAGCGCCCGGCCCGGCUGCCGCCCACGCGGCCCUGGCCGACCCCGGGCACCCGCGCAAGAGGGGCCGGGCGGAGCCGGAUGCUGCCGCCAAGCCCAAGCGCAAACGCCGGGGCCGCAAGAACGGGGCGCUCUUCCCCGAACAGGGCCCCGGCGGUCCGGGCUUCGGCGACGGUGGGGCCGACUGGCCCGGGGACAAGGGAGGCGCCUGGGCCCCUCACCACGGCCACCCCGCCGGCCCGGCCGGCCGCCAUGGCGCCUUCCAGGGAGCCGAGGCCCGGGCUUUCCCGGCCGGGGGGCCGGAGGCCGCCGGACCGGGUCGGGCUGGCUAUUUCGCCGGCGGCCCGACCGCCGCCGCGGGAGACCCGGGCCAGGAGCGCCACAGCCUCUUCACGGGCUACUUCCGCUCCCUCCUCGACUCGGACGACUCCUCCGACCUGCUGGACCUGGCCCUGGCGGCCUCGCGCCCCGAGUCCCGCAAGGCCGCGGCCGGGGCCUACGCCGGCGCGCCCCCCGGGGCCCUGGCCGGCCAGCGGGGACCAGCCGCCUUUCCCGGCCGGGGAGCCAAGGCCGGCCCGGGGGGCGGAGCGGGGGCUGCGGGCGAGCCGGCCUUCCAGACCGUCCCCCCAGGCCGUCCCGCCUUCCCCCACGGUCGGGCCCCGGGUUACGGCGGCGCCGGUCCCGGGGGCGGGGUCACCCCAACCGCCCCAGACUGCCGGGGCGCCGACGCCUUCCCCAAGCUGGCCCCACCCUCGGCCGUGGCCCGCUCGCCUCCGGCCCACGCGGCCCCCGGGGGCUACUCCUCCCCGUUCGGCGCCUACGGCGCCGGGCCGGGCGUGGCCGCGGCCGGGGGCUUCACUCCCGGAAAGCCGUUCGCCGGCCAGGACUGCGCCAACAGCAAGGACUGCAGCUUCGCCUAUGGCAGCGGCAGCAGCCUACCCGCCUCCCCGAGCAGCGCCCACAGCGCCGGCGGCUACGGCCAGCCCUCCGCGGCCCCCGCCGGGCCCGGCCUGCCCCUGGCGAAGGCCUCCUCCUCCUCGUCCUCCUCCUCGUCCUCCUCCUCUUCAGCUGCGGCGGCCGCCGCCGCCGCCGCCGCCUUCUUCGGCGGCUCGGAGCCCCCGGGCCCCUUCCCCGGCGCCGGCCACACGCCCCUGCGCUGCGACAGCCGGGCCAGCACCGCCUCCCCUGGCGGGGGCUACCUGGGCCCCAAGGGUGGCCCUGGGGCCGCCUUCCAGCCCUCGCCCGAGAGCUGCCGGCCAUUCCCCGGCGCGGCGGCCCAGUGGCCUUUCCGGCAGGGCUACGGCGGGCUGGACUGGGGCGCUGAGGCCUUCGGGCAGCUGUACAACCCCGGCUUCCCCGAGUGCCACCUGAGCGAGCCCAACGUCAUCCUGGACAUCUCCAACUACACGCCCCAGAAGGCCAAGCAGCAGGCCCCGGCCUCCGAGACCUUCUCCGAGUCGUCCUCCGACAGCACCCAGUUCGGCCAGCCGGCCGGCGGCUACCGGCGGGCCAACAGCGAGGCCUCGUCCAGCGAGGGCCAGUCGAGCCUGUCCAGCCUGGAGAAGCUGAUGAUGGACUGGAACGAGGCCUCGGCCGCCCCGGGCUACAACUGGAACCAGAGCGUCCUCUUCCAGAGCAGCGGCAAGCCGGGUCGGGGCCGGCGGAAGAAGGUCGACGUGUUUGACGCCGCGGCCGCCGCCGCGGCUGCCGCCGCCGCCCACUUGGGUUUCCCCACCGCCACCUCUUCUUCGGCCUCCCCCGCCGCUUACGCCCCCUCCAAGCGCAGCGCCGGCCCCAGGGGGGGCCGGGGGGGCCGGGGCGCCUGCGCGGCCGCCAAGAAGGAGAGGGGGGGCGGGGCCAAAGCCAAGUUCCUCCCCAAGCCGCAGCCGGUCAACCCGCUCUUCCCCGAGGCCACGGACCUGGGCCUGGACUACUACAGCGGCGACAGCAGCAUGUCCCCGCUGCCCUCCCAGCCCCGGCCCUUCGGGCUGGGGGAGCGCGAGGCCUGCGACUUCGCCGGCCCCUACUCCAUGAACCCCUCCACGCCCUCCGACGGCACCUUCGGCCAGGGCUUCCACUGCGACUCGCCCGGCCUGGGCCCCGCCGAACUGGAGGCCAAGGCCUUCGCCGGGCUCCCGCACCCGCUGGGCACCCCGGGGCCCCCGGCCGUGUUCGAGGCCGGCCUGCAGAAACCCUUCUCCCCCAACUGCUCCCCCCCGCUGGCCUUCAAGGAGGACCUGCGGCCCUCCAAGCUGCCCGCCUGUGACUCCCUCAAGCACGGCCUGCAGGGGACGGGCCUGCAGGGGACGGGCCUGCAGGGUCCCGGCCUGCAGGGGGCCGGUCUGCCCCACCCCGCUCUCCUGAGCUGCCGGGACCUGCCCCUGAGCCAGCCCCACUACGACUCCCCCAGCUGCAAGAACACCAGUUACUGGUUCUCCUCCACCACCUCGGCCCCCCGCAGCCCCCCCUACGAGGGCAAGGCGGGCCCCGGCCUGCUGGCCGACUUCAUGGGCCGGGUGGACUCCUCGUGCCUCAACCCCCACCUGGCCAGCCCCUCGGCCACGCCCAAGUGCGACAAGGAGCCCCUGGAGCUGGCCCGGGCUCACCCCCCACGGGGGGCCUACGCCUGCCCCCUCAUGAGUGACUUGAACCUGUCUCCGGUGCCGAGAGACUCUGUGCUGCUGCUCCAGGACGGAUACCGGUACCCCGGCUUCGCCGCGGCGGGGCAGGGACACCCCGGCCUGGCCGGCCCCCAGAAGAGUGGGUUCCUGGGGCCCAUGGGGGAGCAGCCGCACCCCGAGGAUACUUUCACCGUCACCUCCCUGUAGUGCCGCCGGAUGCGCCGCCCGGACCGCCAGGUUUUGAUACAGACUUCCCCAGAGAAACAAGAGCCCACCAGCCCACUGGCUCCCCACCCUCAUCCCGUCGGCCCAGGACCAGCGCCAUCCUCCUGUCUCCCCACUCCCCGUGGCCUGGAGAGCUGCCCUCAGGGGCGGGGCCGGCCUGCCCGGGCAGCCGGUGAGCCCGGAGGCCGCGGCGGGGGCCGCAGUGGAGGCCGCAGCGGAGGCCGCAGCGGGGGCCGCAGCGGGGGCCGCAGCGGGGGCCGUGGGACAGCGCAGAGGACAGACCCCCCCCACUCCCAACCUCCCCCAACCCCGCCGCCCCGGCCCGGCCCCUCCAUGCAGAAGUCGAACAAGACUCGUUCUGCACAAAACCAGCAUUGUAAAUACUUUUUAAAAAUGUUUAAAAAAAAAAAACACAAAAAAACGGAGCGGGAGCGAGGGCGAGGGCGAGAGCCAGCGCGAGGUCCGAGUCGCUCCCUCCGGUGUGCACUGAGAAAUUUAUUUACAGGCCGUUGGGCAGAAUGAACAAUACCCUAUUUAUUGUAUAUAAUGUUUUAUUAUAAAUCGUGGACUGUAUAUUGCAUUCUGUACAUCUGCUGUGGUUUUGUGACGUGCAAAUUUGCAUGGUUUUGUUGGGUUGGACGAUUCUGUUCCCAGCUUUUGGCUUUCUUUUUUCCACUCUCCUUCUUGGGUUGGUUUUUCUCGCAGGACACACCCAAAGAUCCACAUUUGUAUUAAAAAAGAGAAAAAAGAAAAAAA